AUAAUGUGCCAAGCGCCAACGGACCACCGGCUCUCCGCGCUCCAGGAGAUCAAUAUUGAUACCCUGCAAAGCGCCUCGUUAAAAGAUAAAUCGGCUUUCGACUAAAACCCUGAACCAUUUUGAUUUUGACUACAUAGAUGGGAAAGAAAAACAGAGCCGAACUAGAAGAGGAGCCAGAUUUGGGGGUCGUCAAUGGCGACUCUCUUAAGAAGCAUAAGAAGAAAAAGAAGAAGAGAGACGAAGAGAAGAACGAUUUGGAGCAGGAGAAACCUACCGUCAGCGUAGCCGUUCCUGGUUCCAUCAUCGACAACGCGCAGUCCCUGGAACUCGCUACUCGGUUGGCUGGUCAGAUAGCUCGUGCUGUAACCAUUUUCCGAAUAGAUGAGGUGGUAGUGUUUGAAAAUAAGAGUAAUGGGUCGAAUGAUUCUCGUGUUGCAACUGGUGAUAAUUCCGAUGACAAUGAAAGUGGUGCUGCUUUUCUUAUAAGGAUAUUGCAAUAUCUUGAGACACCACAAUAUCUACGAAAGGCUCUCUUCCCAAGGCAUAAUAACUUGAGAUUUGUGGGUAUGUUGCCGCCUCUUGAUGCUCCACAUCAUCUGCGCAAGCAUGAGUGGGCUCAGUAUCGAGAUGGUGUCACACUAAAAGAAAGAGCUCCAAACUCUGUCGGGACGCUAGUUGAUGUAGGCUUAACUAAGGCUGUUGUUAUUGAUCAAGUGCUUGAACCUGGAAUACGAGUGACUGUGGCUAUGGGAACUAACCGCAAUUUGGAUUCUGACUUACCACGCCAGGUUGUUUCUUCCUCUGAACCUCGAGAGAAAGUGGGGAUAUAUUGGGGUUAUAAAGUUCGAUAUGCUCCUACUCUCAGUUCAGUAUUUAAUGCUUGUCCAUAUAAGGGUGGCUAUGACAAUUUGAUUGGCACCUCUGAGCAUGGAUCCAUUGUUAAUUCAUCUGAGUUUAGUUUACCCACUUUCAGGCAUCUACUGAUCGCUUUUGGUGGUCUUGCUGGGUUGGAAGAGAGCAUUGAAGAGGACCGUAAUUUAAAGGGAAAGAAUGGGCAGGAGGUAUUUAUGUCAUAUGUGAACACAUGCCCCAAUCAAGGAAGUCGAACAAUAAGAACAGAGGAAGCAAUUUUUAUCUCUCUUCAGUAUUUCCAAGAACCAAUUAAACGUGCAUUGCAAAGAGCUGAGCCGUAAACUUUACCUGAAGUGAAAGAACCUCGAAGCUCUCUGAGCUUUGGCGAUUCCGGUCCUCGUUUCAGAAUUCAGUUUGCAGGAACCUGACUCUUCACAGGAAAGACUGAAGGAGCAAAAGGUAAUGCAGCCGGUCGGUUUUAAUAUUGAAAAGAUGGGGUUCAAGAACUAGUUUGGCCUCCCCUGUAGCUGAACUUUUAAAGUUGCAGGUUGGUAGACUUUGAGAUUGUUAUUGAGGUCUUUAUUCUUGAGGCCUUCGUAAAGAUUUUCCUUCUCUAUCCCUUUUCUAGUUCAAGACUUCAAGCUGAAAUUUCGUGAUAAAAUUUGCUUUAUUCAUUUCUUUUA